AUGGUAGAUCUGGAAGAAUAUAGGGAAAAGUCCCGAAAAGCUAAAGAAACGGGAGAUUAUUCUUAUGUUCAAUCUGUUCCUCACGAUCCUCGCUUUCCAAAUACCAAUCAAACAAAGAACUGCUUGCAAAAUUACAUCGACUUUCAUCGAUGCACUCGUAUUUAUGGGGAACAGUACAAACCUUGCAAUUAUUUUCGUUUCGCUUACAAGGAUCUAUGCCCGAGUUUCUGGGUUGAAGCCUGGGAUGAGCAGGUGGAAAAUGACACCUUCCCAUACAAAAUCCAAUAA